AUGCCGGCGGCGCACCUGCCGGAUCCGGUGGAGCACCGCCACGGCGACAGAGGCGGGCGCGGAAGCCCCCUGGUCCAGGCGCGCCCUUCCCCGCCGUGCGCCCUCCCGCGGCACCUCGCGCCCCCGCGCAGCGGCGGCGGCGGCGCCGCCGAGAAGAGGUGCUGCGGGAGCCUCUCGCCGAGCGGCGGCGUGCCCGCGGCCCCGCACGCAGCCUGCCUCCGAUCCGGGACGCGCAGCCGGCGGCCCCCCGAGCAGGCUGGAGGCAGCGAGCGGCGCUCUCCGGGCACUGCUCCGAGCCCCGCCUGCGCGGCGCUUCGCUGA